CAAAUGCCAAGCCAUAUAACUGUCAUUACUGUCAUUAAAUGUAUACAAAAGUCGUCAAAAGUUUACAUGUAACAUCAAAAACAAACAAAAUUUAUAUCCACAUUUUCCCACAAAUUUGGAUAUUCCCAAUUCCCAAUGGAAACUUUAUAAAAUAGCUAUUACACGGAUGUAGCACCCUUUAUUUAAUAUUUGUGUAGUUUAAAGUGUGAUGGGUAUUGUUGUUUAUUAAUAUCUAAGGACAUAUUACAUAAAAGAUGGUUCGAGCAAUCAUAAGACAAAAAUCGAAUAAGAAGAAACCAAUGCCUGUUACUGAAAGUCAUAAGCUAACUGAAUAUUUUAAUGUUAGGAAAUCCGAUCGAAGAACCAAACGAGAAGUUUUAGAAGAAAAGAGUCGGCUUAUUGAAUUUGCUCUAAGAAAAGGAGUAGAAGAUGGAUUAGAGGUAAAAUAUAGUAAAGAAAAAGGUAGAGGUGUUUUUGCAACUAGAAAUUUUAUGAAAGGAGAAUUUGUAGUAGAAUAUAGUGGAGAAUUGAUUCACGUCCAAGAGGCCUACAUGCGAGAAGAAAGAUACGAAAAAGAUGAAAGUAUGGGGUGCUACAUGUAUUAUUUUAAAUUUAAGGAACAGCAUUACUGUGUGGAUGCAACGGAAGAAACUGGCCGACUGGGAAGGUUAGUCAACCAUUCCAGAAACGGAAAUUUGACUACAAAAACAGUGAUGGUUGACGGCGUUCCUAGGCUUAUACUGACAGCUAAAAAUUUUAUACGAGAGGGCGAAGAGCUGUUGUACGAUUACGGUGACAGGUCGAAAGAAGCGUUAGAACACCAUCCGUGGCUUGCUUUUUAAUGUUGGUACACUAAAGUGUUUUUUAAGAGUACAAAGAAAAGAGAAAGCUUGUUUCUCUAUUGUCAAAAAGACUUGAUUGGUAAAUGUUGUGUAUAUACAGGUACGAUAGAAUUAUUUAUUUGGAAAGCCUAAAGCAUGGCAUUCUAAUUUUUUAUCCUCUCUUCUUCUUCUUCAGCCCAUGUUCGUCCACUGCUGGACAUAUGCUUCUUCUAUUUGUUUCCAUUGAUGUUAACUAUUAGCAAUUAUGUAUGCAAUAAACAAUGACAAUCAGAUAUUUUUGUUCGUCUUUCACUUAAAAUUAAAGUCGUAAAAAUAAAAGAAUCAAAACAUAACCUACUUUGAAUACUUUUUACUGAAUUUAUAUUUUAAAUUAAAAAAUACAAUUUAGUUCUAAUAAAAAUUUAUUUUUAUAUGAAUAUAGAAACAAAUUGAAUGUGAAAAUACAACAAAAAGGUACUAAAAGCGUUUGGAUGACAAUCAGACACAUGCAGAUGAAUCGCACAAAAAAAUAAGCUAGUAAGAGAGACAACAAAUCAAAUCCAGACAAAAUGAGAAUAAAUGUAAUGAAAUAAAUAGAUAUGGAAAAUAUAUACAGUAGGAAAAAUGAAAGAAUACCCAUGAACGAACAUAUAAAACACGCUGUAUUUUCCUUUCACCGUGUCGCACAAAAAAUUGGCCAGCGCAAGUACAUGUAAUAAUUGGACGGCGUUAUGCAUAACUCGACCAACGCCAUUUCUUUAAUAUCGAGAUAACAGCGGAUUCUGGUGACACAUAGCUAAAACUAUCUUGGAAAAAAUCCCUGUUAUUGUCACGUUAACGGUUACUAAGAAAAACAAAAACUAAACCAAGCGACAUUAAUCCACUUACCAUUAAGCAACCAAGAAACGAAAAACUUUAAAGCCAUUUAUCUCAAAACUAUGUUUUGGCGCUUGGUCGAGUUAUGCAUAACGCCGUCCAAUUAUUAUUACACGUACUUGCGCUGGGCAAUUUUCUUUAUGACACGGUGACAGGAAAAUACAGCGUGUUUUAUAUGUUCGUUCAUGGGUAUUCUUUCGUUUUUCCGACUGUAGAAGCAUAGAAAGGGCAAAAUGUCCUAAAAACUUCCGAAUAACCUAAUAGUGGCAAUGUAAAAACAUGAGAUCAUGUACCUGUGUAGAUUGCGGUAACUACAAAUUGUCUAAGGCCCUGUCUUUUCACCUCCGAUUAACUAGUUAUCGGGAAGUUCAUCUGGCAGAUUACAUGUAAAUCUGUCAGACAAACUUCCCGAUAACUAGUUAUCAGGAGGUGAAAACACCGGGCCUAAGGCAAGAGGUAGAAAAAGAACUGAUAAAGAAUACAUAAUUUAUAAAACUCUAACAUGAAGUAAAAACCACUUCUAUGUAAUUGGUAUAUUUAUUAGAAAUUUUAAUGGAAUAUAUGGGACAAUUUAAUAGAAUAUAUGGGACAAAACAUCAACAUAGCACUUAAUAAUAUACAAGAAUUCCUAAUAGGUCAUGGGUUAUCCCUUUCACUGGAAAAGUGUGAGGCAAUAUGGUUCACAAAGGGACACAGAAGAAACAUCCCACCUGUUAUCCAAAUUAAUGGACAUCAAAUUAAUUAUAAACCACAAGUGAAAUACCUUGGAAUAACAUUCCAGUAACACCUCAAGUGGGAUACACACAUAACAAAUAAUAUCACAAAAGCAAAAAAAUCUCUCAAUGUACUAAGAGCCAUAAGCAGAGUAUGGUGGGGAGCUGACCCGUGUACCUUUUUGAUGGCAUUUCAGGGACUUGUGAGAUCCAACUUAAACUUCGGUGGACUCUUUAUAAAACCAGCCAAUAAAUCAAUCCUAAAUAAACUGGAUUCAAUCUUUUUGAAGGUGUUAGAAUAGCUAUUGGUUGUAUGAAGUCAACUCCACAUGCAGCACUAUUAGCCGAGGCAAACUUACUAGAACCAGAACAAAGAAGGAAACUAUUAACCAUACGGUUCUUGAAGAAAAUUAUAUGUAUUAGAAACUACCCUCUAACCAAAUAAUUUCAAAUACCAGAAGAAUAUUAAUAAAUAGACCAGCCUUUUGGAGAGAUGACAAUACGCCAUAUUUGAUAGCAGGUUUAGCUGAAUUCAUGCCAUAUCUCAAGGACAUUUAUAAGUCAAACAACUUCCCUUGCUAUGAAGUCCUUUAUAAUACACUGUGUAGUAUAGUGCAGACAGUCCCCUCAAGAUCAAAGAACAAUUUUUUAUAAACACAGAAAAAUAUAAAGCAACCCAUACCUUUAUAUUCACUGAUGCAUCGAAGAAAGAUCUUACAACAGGGUUUGGAAUGAGUAUACCAGAUAUCAACAUCAAAUGCAGCUCAAAGUUACCAAAUCACCUCUCCAUAUGUAAGGCGGAGAUUAUAGAAAUCUAUGAGGCAAUUAAAUUAGCACAGGAAAAACUUAUUCAGAAUAAUUAUUUUUUCGGAUUCCAGCAGUGCAAUUGAAAAAAUCAGCAGUUGUGCAGUCAAAAAUAUAUCAGAGUUUUGGCCUAUUGAAACAAAAAGACUUAUAGUUCAUGCAACUGAAAAUGGCUUUGACAUCAGAUUAGCAUGGAUACCAAGACAUUCAAAUAUCCCGGGUAACGAAGAAGCUGACACUCUAGCUAAUAUAGGAAGAAAUUUGAACAUACCAAUGGCCAUGCCCCUCGAUGUCCAAGACAUAUACACUGACAUUAAAUCUAAAGUGUAUGAUGAUUUCAGAAAUAAAUGGAACAACCUAAUCAAAAUCAAAGACUAUCAAAACCGAAAAGUACAACUUAUCUUUCCUAAAAAUAAAUGGUUUGCCAUUCUUCCAUUUAUUUUUUUUUGUUUGUUUAUUAGGCGAUCUGUUAUAACAUAUAACAAUAGGCACAUUUUAUCUGAGAAAUAAUGACAUGAAGAGAUUGUGACCAGCGCCACACAUCUCUAUAGAGAUAAUAUUAAAUUACUGUAUUACAUAUAUUAACUUAGCUACUGUAACAAUAUUAAUGUCUGUGCGGUAAAUCUAAUGGUGUCUGUCUAUUUAACCGUUUUGUUUCCUGACUGUUGUCUAACAAAUUAAUCUUCCAUUCAUAGAUCGAAGACACAUCACUACAAUUAUUAGAUUACGUACAGGGCACUGUCUAACAAAAGAAAACUUACAUAGGAUGAACCUGAUAGACAAUCCCUAUUGCGAAUGUGGGUGCAUAGAAAAUCUUAAUCACAUAUUUUUUGAAUGCCCUAUUAACUUCAUUCCAAACUGGGAUAUCUACAAUUUUUUCGCCAAUAAAGGACUUCCAACCCCGAUAACAAUAUAUUCAAUUUUACAUAACGUAGAUGAAGAAUUAAUCAGAGCAAUUAUGAAGUUUCUUAGCAUAAACAGAAUAAAAUUAUAAUGCUCAACUAGCUACAACUUAUUUCUAAUUCAUGCUUAUUACUAAUAGAUUGUGUUUGUUAUUGUACCUUGUACAAAAAGUAAAUAUUUAGUCAAAGUUAUCACCAUAGCCAAUUUACUUCAAAAGAGAUCAAGAAGUAGACAUAUUCGGUGGGCCCGACAUGGUCAUGAGCCAGUCAACGUCGUGACCGCCAACCUGAUCGAGCUGGCCAAAUUGCAUAAAGCAAGGCCAAUAACCAAGCAAGCAAGCAAAAUUUUAAAAAUCCCGAUGGAUUGAAAAAAUGUGUCCAAUUCAGAACGUUUUCGGACCUAUCAGUCCAUCAUCAGUGAAUUCAAAUA